AUGAACAACACGCCGAUGCCUCCCAUGAACAGCGCGGGCGUUAAUAUGAACAGCGCGAUGUAUGCGUUGCCUAUGCCGCAGGAUAACGCCGAUGUGGCGAAAAGUAGCAAAGACGCUGGCGCAAACAUGAACAAGAACACCAGCAAUAUCAAGAACAAAGAGAAGGAGAAAGAGAAAGUGAAGCGGAAGAGAAACAGGGUGCCGUUGAGCUGUACCAUUUGUCGGAGGCGGAAAGUCAAGUGUGAUAAGUCCCGCCCAAACUGUACACAGUGUGUGAAAACCGGUGUGGCACACCUGUGCCACUACAUGGAACAGGCUUGGGCUGAGGAGGCAGAGAAGGAAAUAUCGAAGGAGAUGGAGUUAAAACAGCUGCGGUCGAAGGUGAAGCAACUGGAGGAGACACUCUCCCGAUAUAACUCUCUGACCGAUGUGACCAGUGGACUGCACAUGAACACCGGCUCGCCAUACCCACAUAGCAGGGACUCGAGCUCAAACCCGACAACAGCAACUACUACAAAUAACAAUAGCAAUUACAACACAGGGACAUUCAAUAGCCCCGCCGUUCAUGACCCAAAGAUAAAGACUGAACAUAACGAUUUCGCAAAUAACGACUCUAUGACUGACGCUUACAUGAAUAGUAUAUUCAAAAAAUUUGAAUCCGACGAACUUGACCUAACGAGAGAAUUUGACAUGCUCCACUUAAAGAAAGACUACGGUUUGAUACAUCUGGGACCAACUCAUUGGUUGGCGAUCAUGAAAGGUGAUCCGUACUUGAAGCUGCUGUGGAAACACAUCUUCACUAUGAGGGAGAAAUUAGUUGAAUGGACUAAAAUGAAACAGAUGGGGAAAGUCUCUAAAUGUCCCAUCGAUCAUUCUAAAUUGAAACAAGGACAACCACAGAUUAACAAUGGUCAAUAUACUAAUGUCAAUGGAAAUGCGAUAAAUCCGGGCAAAUGCCCUGUGAAACAUGACUCAACACUUAGCCCUGGCAUAUCUAAAUGUCCCGUUAAACACGAAAAUGGAACAGAUAUGAAUACAAUUAACAAUUUGCCAAUGGGUCCAACCACUGCUGUUCAUCCUGGUGUAGGCGCCAAUCCACCUACAAGUGGUUGUCCGGUUCAACAUGGUGGGAACAGUUUUAUCCCGGGAUUUAUAGGCGGGCAUCAGCAAGCUAACAGCAAUGUCCCACAAAUGGAUGCGAAAGGAAAUUCGGCAGGUAUUGGCAAAUGCCCUGUGACACAUUCAGUGAAACAAGAAAAUGAAAAGUCCGCCUCGCCAACAUUACCAGAGGUUUCGCAACCAUCUUUCACCAAAAAGGAAGUCAUGGAGCAAUUACAAAGUUCUUUACCACCGCGAGGAAUUGUAAUAUUGUUCGUUAAUAAAUUUUUUGAGACCCUUUAUCAAUUGGCUCCUAUUAUAGAUGAAACUAAUUUCAAAAACCAAUUGAACAUCGUAUUCCCAGAACUGAAUAUUUUCGAGGGGCAUAAGGCUAAGGAUAAAACCUCCAGAUGUCCAUUCGAUCAUUCAAAACUUUCGACUAUUAAUAUCACGAAAAGUUCAGAUUAUUGUUUAUUAGGUAUGCUGUUGAUUAUUAUGCGACUGGUCUGGUUACAGUUACCUGCUAAUGUUAAUAUUUUAUCUUUUUCAGAUAACAGCAAAAUAACCAUGUCUACAGAUGACAAGCUGUUGAGUGGUUUUGAAAUCAAAACAGAACUAAUCGAAUCUCUGAAAACUCGUCUUAUUGAAUUUGAUGAAAUUUCUAGCGUAUCCAAUGCAAAUGUCACAAUUAGCACAAUUCAGUUUGCCAUUUUUUACAGAAUAAUACUGCUCUGCAAUACUAAUAACGCACCUUCUGGUGGCACCCUCAGUGCUUUAAAAACAGUUAAUAAUGAUAAUGAAACUCAUCAAGGUUUACUUUCAAGUAUUGUUCAAAUGGCUUUCAGUUGUGGUCUUCACAGAGACCCUGAUAAUUUUCCUCAACUAGUCACUGUCUUCCCCAAUCAGUCUGCAGAUAGCUCAGACUCAGCUGAUAAUAAAGACCAAUCAAGAAAUAGCACCAAAGGAAACUCAAAACACCAUAAAGAAAAUACAAUUGAGAGAUACAAACAUACUUGGAGAAAAUUAUGGUAUUAUAUCAUUUCAUUGGAUAUUCAGCAAUCAUUUUCUUUGGGUACUCCAAGACUUCUAAGAAAUUUGAAAGACUUUAGUGAUACGAAACUACCAUCUUCAUCUAAAAUUGACUACAAGAAUGAUAUCAAGGAACUGGUUAUUGUUAAAAAUUUUACCCUGAUUUUUAAGCUAGAUUUGUGUAUCAUGGCAGUUCUGAAUCAUAUUCUGAACUUGUCUAUUGCUCGGAGUUUGAAGAAGAAAGAUUUAGAUUCGCUAAUAAAGCUACUAUCAGACCUAAUAUUUGGAGAAAGAAAUGUUAAUGAAGUUGUAAGUGAAUUAAUUGAAAGAAAUUUGCUCUCAUCUUCUGAGUUGGUUGCAACUAAUAUGCAGGAAAAUCUGCUCUUUGAGCAAUCUACUCAUCCUGUUGCAGACGAUGUUAAGGAUGCGGUUCUGUAUGGGCUACCAACUCUAGAAAGCCUAUAUGCAAAAAAUGAAAUACCAUUUAAGGAUAUCAUGCUCUCCAAGAAUUCUGGAUAUGGGGGAGAAAGCAAAUCUGAAAAUUUAAGUAGGUCCGAUAAGGUUAAAAAUACUUUGACCUACUCGUUAUUAUACUCAAGGCAUUUGACUUUGAGGCUUCUAGUUUACAUUAUGAACUAUAUCUUGUUUACUAGGUAUGAACCUCUGGGCGACUCAGAUCCGGAUACUAUCAUUAUCACCAAAUAUUAUGCUCAAGAAGCACUGGACUUUUCUGUGGAUUGUUUCAAGAACUCUAUGAUUUUUUUUGAAAACAUCAACAAUCCAAUUUUCAAGUCAGCUAGUGUUCUUCUACUUCCUCAGUGCUUAGACGUUUGUCAUCGAUCACUUCAAUAUUUUAUCUGUUUGAUUCUUAGAGUGAAGUGUGGGAAUAUUACAGGUAACGGUGGAGGACAAUGUCCAUUUUUUGCUGUCAAGAAUGAAUCAGGAACCGAAUCAGAAAAUGAAAAGGAAGCAGAUUUGAACAAUCCAGGAUUUUUAAAUGGUAAGGAUAUUAUGUCCAUGAGCACUUCGAAGAUUGAUCUGGAUGAUACAGACAGCUUACUCCAAACAUUGAUAUCUAAUAUAUCUAGUUUCUACUCACUGACACAAAGAUUAGCCAAAAGUUAUACGCUGGCAAUCCGGAUAAUGAAAUCUACCGGCUUUUUCAUGACCCUUUUGAACGAUCAGAGCUCUAAAAACCAAAUGAAUUCCUUUUUACCUCCAAAGCACCCAAAAAUUCCUAGUAUUGCUAGCCUUCUGAGAAAUGACGGUGCAGCAUUUUUGAAUGCGGACGUGAGUCAGUUGAGAAGAUGUCCUGUUUAUCAAGAUACUAUUGGGUUCGAUGUGACUAGAAACUCUUCCUUUCCAGGUCCUUUACGAACUUCUAUUGAUCGUAUUGGGACUCAAUUACCGCCACUUAAAUCGUAUAAGCCAAUUACCUACACAAGUAGUGAUGUUCGUGGUUGUUCUUCUAGGGGAGCUAGUAGGGGUAGUUCGGCAAUAUCAUCUCCAGGAGUUAGCAACCUCGACGGUCCUCCUAUUAAAAGACAAAGAACCAUGGAGAAUAUAACAUCGAUACCAAGACCUACUGAGAAGCACAUGGGAAGGUUGAAUGGUUUCGAUAUGAUAAAUAAUUCAAAUGGUAACAUAUUAGAUGUAAACAACCUUCCCGUUCCCGCACUAAAUCCCCUCUCACCGAAUGGUAUGCUUUUCCAAGAUCUAGGUGCCACUCCAAAUCACACUGCUAAUGGAACUGCAGUAGGAACUCCGAAUGAUCUUGAAAACUUCUUGAUGGCCAACACAAAUUUCAAUGGUAUCAAUCCGUCGAAUAUUGUUGAAGCAUUCGGUAUUAACAAGACAGAUCCUAAUUUGGGUCUUACAAAUAUGGAUUUUCUUCCUAUUGACAACUUGGGUUUUGAUUAUGAACCUGAUUUAAACAACAUAUUUAAUGGAGAAACAGGAACUCUAAAAUUUGAUACAAAUGAAACUAUCUAA